UCCAAACGCAGAGUGAACCUGCAGAACCGCGAAGGAAACUGGCCACAGCAAGUAAGAAAUAAUUCCGACUCCGCCCAGGCGUGUUGAGGGACUCACACUUGACCAACUUUGAGUUAAGCCCUAGCACGCAAAGAGCGGGAUAAAAAGAAGUGGGACCCGGCUCCAACAUCAAGGACGCGCUCUUCCUGCACAAACAGACUUAGCAGCUAAUCGCCGGGUUUCAGCAUGACUCUCUGGAAUGGCGAGCUGCCUUAUUACCCCCAGCCCCGGCAUCCAGCCAGCUUCAGCGUCCCGCUGCUCAUCGUCAUUCUGGUGUUUUUAUGCUUGGCCAUCAGCUUCUUGCUCAUCUUGCCCGGGAUUCGUGGCCACUCGCGCUGGUUCUGGUUGGUGAGAGUUCUUCUAAGUCUGUUCAUAGGCGCAGAAAUUGUGGCCGUGCACUUCAGCGCAGAAUGGUCAGUAGGUUGGGUGAGCACCAACACAUCCUACAAGGCCUUCAGUGCAGCACGCAUUCGAGCCCACGUCGGUCUGCAUGUGGGCCUGGAGGGAAUUAAUAUCACACUCACAGGGACCCCUGUGCAGCAGCUGAACGAGACCAUCGACUACAACGAGCAGUUUAGCUGGCGUCCGGGCAAGAAUUAUGCGGAGGACUACGAGGAGGCACUGGAGAAGGGGCUGCCUGAUCCAGUUCUCUACUUGGCGGAGAAGUUCACCAGGAGCAGCCCCUGCGGGCUCUACCAACAGUACCGGCUGGCAGGAUACUAUGCCUCGGCCACGCUGUGGGUGGCGUUCUGCCUCUGGCUCCUCUCCAACGCGCUGCUCUCCAUGCCCGUCCCGCUGUAUGGAGGCCUGGCGUUCCUGGCCACCGGCACGUUCGCGCUCUUCUCUGUCUUCGUCUUCGCCUCCAUCUCCAGCGUGCCGCUCUGUUCGCUCCGCCUCGGCUCCUCCGCGCUCACCACUCACUACGGUGCUGCCUUUUGGGUCACGCUGGCCACCGGGGUCCUGUGCCUCCUUUUGGGAGGGGCCGUGGUGAGUCUUCAUUACGCUCGGCCCAGCGCUCUUCGCACCUUCUUGGACCUAAACGUCAAGGACUGCAGUAAUCAGGCAAGAGGGGGUUCACCUCUCAACUUCCACAACCCAAUACACAAGCAGUUCGGGGCCUCAGACUUCACGAUCAGUACUAACCUGUAAAUAAAAGACUCUUACUUCGUCUCGGUCACAAGCAGGCCGGGAGCAGUGCUCCAGGAGGGGCGCUGCGCUGCUGCGGGAGCCCAGAAAAAUAUGGGCAGCCUCAGACAUGUGCCAUAAAUAAAAUUUUUCCUUUU